UUUCAGGGCAGCUUCAAAGACGGGUCUGGAUCGAAACACGAGAAAAGCUGCCAAAAGUUUGCCGGCUUUUACUUGUUCCUCCGGUUUGUCACAUUUAUGCUGGCUAAAAUUUUCGCAGCACCAGAGUAUCUCUUGGGCCAGCAGGUUGUGGUGGUGGCUGCAAUAGUGAUGUUUGCCUUAUUCCGACCCUACCGCGAGCCACUGUACAACCUCAUCGACGUUUUAGCGUUUGCAAUGCUUGCAGUUAUAAACUCGAUCACGAUCUACCAUGUAAUGGUUGAGCUUGUGGGUCAGUCGAUGUCGGUACUACUCUUAGCUUUCCAGUACUUUCUGGUGUUCUUACCACUUCUUAUAUUGACAGUGGUGGUAAUCUGGAAGACAGUGAAGCACUUUAAUGGAAAUCGUAAGCUCAAAAGCUACAGCUUUCUGUGGAGAGGUCGGAGAAUGACUACAGCAACAGAUGAGGAAUUUCUUUCAUUUGUGACGGCAACCAGAGACAGGGAGAAUGAUAAUGUCGGGAAUGAUGAACGCAUUGAGGCAGCCUUGUCAUUCUAUGCCAGUGUUUCGGAGUCUGUAAACAGUUAGGGAAUAAGUGUGCACGUGGUCAUUCUGAUAUUGUG